AUUUGUAGACAUCAAAUAUAUACUUGAGUUCUAUUAGGAUGGUAUGUAAUAGCAUUCUCUUCUUCUUUAUUUAUGGAAAAAAUUAUUAAUAACAUUCUUACCAGAUUUAUUUGUUUUAAAAUUUAUUUUAAUUGGUUGUAAGGUUUGUGUAGCUCUGGUUAUGUUCUCUUACAAUAGUUCCCGUACAAUGCUUAGUAUACCCAAACUAUGAUCUCAUGUAUUGUAAAACGUGACUAAAUAAUAAAUUAUAUAUAUAUAUAUAUAUAUAUAUAUAUAUCUGGUUAUGAUAUAUAUAUCAAACUACACUCGAUCUUCAAUUUUAACCAAAAAAGAAGAAAAGAAAAAACUCAACUUUCAUCCGCACCAAAAAAUUGUUCCACUUUCUUUGUAUAAAUACACAGCCGUCUAAACUGAAUCAUAUUAUGGAAAUUCAUUUCCGCGCCAACCCUGAAAAUUUUUUUAGAGCAGACUGAGUGUAAGAUAUCAAUUAUGAAUUUUGUUUUGAAAAUAUUAAAAGAAUUAUGUUUAUAGCUUUUCUACUUUCACAUCCAAUUUUCAAAUAUGUUGAUUUUGGCCAUUAGAAAAUUAACCAAGAAAGAUAUAAUUGCUAUUCAAGCAGGCUUUGAACAGAAACCACAAAAGAAUGGUGAUAGUAUAUGUACUAUCAUCAUGACUUAUUUUAUUUUUGCCAGAAGAAACAAACAAAUAUCUGUAAAAUAAAGUACUUGUAUACCUGUAACUCUAUUUUUCUUGAUAGUAAUUUUAGGUAGAGAUUAGAGAUAUAUUUUUUUCUCUCCACAUCUUUUGAAAUCUACAUCAGUCAAUCAUUAUUUGUUAGCAAUGGAAUACAAUUUUCUUAAGUAUGCAAAUGCUAAACAUAAAUAGAAGCUUUUGAAGACUAACAUAGAUACAGAGAAAUUUCAAUAUAUCUCCUACUCACCUAUGUCUUUGAUUUACGUACGGGUUUGGAAAGGAAGAAUAAUCUUGAGUUUUUGAGAAAACCCUACAUGUGAGCGAAUGAGGUUUGAUACAGAAACGCCAUAGUAAUAGAAAAGAGUGAGAUUCAUUGAGAUUAAGCCAGAACAAAAAAAUGAUAUGAAUCAAUAAUUUAUCUUGGAGAAGAAGCGUUGCAUGAAUCAGAUAAGGAGAAUAUAUAUGAUAGAAUAACCGUAGUUAUCCUGAGAAUGUUGGAUCGUGGAGGUGUCGACGGGGUGGAGUGAUUUUUUUUUUUUGUCUUAGAAUUGAAACACGUAAAAUGCAACGUUUAUACUUUUGCGUUCUUUAAUUCUUUUCUGUUUUAUUAUUUUAAUUUUUUUUAUUUCUUUGAUUAUGUGGUAAAGUUUUAUUGGUUGAGUUACUUGUGAUUUAGUAUAUAAAGGAUGUAUUUUUAAAUAAUUGGUAUAUGAUUACAUGUAUAUGUGUGUCAAAAAAAAAAAAAUUCAACAUGUGUGACAAAUAUCUAUGUUUGUAAAUUAUACCAUAUAGAUUUUAAUCUCGGGGUCUGAUUGAGUGUAUUUUUAUUUUGGACGAUUUAAUUCAGAAUAGUUUAAAUACUUGAUGGUUUAUUAUAUACAAUCAUAAUUUUCUUUUAUUGUUGGUUAAGUAUGCUAUUGCAAUAUUUUUAAUUGCGUAUACACUAUAACAUUUACAAAAAAUAUUAUAUGAGAAUCUAUUAUCAGAAAAACUUUUAAUGUUCAUAGAGAUAAAAGAAACAAAACUUGGAGACAAUAAUAUAGAAGGAAUUGGCCUCAGCGAUUUUGAAUACAGAUCAUUAGUCAUCAAAAAUAGUUGGAUUUGCAAUAAAUAUUAGAAUUACUCAAAUAAGUUACUGACCUUAUUGGUCCAGAUUAUUUGCCUCAUCAGCUCUAAAAUUAUGGGUCAAACGAUGGGUUUUGAAAAUUUCUUCGAUCAUACACUGGUCGGUCAACAACCUUGAUUCAUAAAAAAAAUAUAGUGAGCUCUUUCAAAGAAAAUAAAAUGGUGGAUAACAACGACAACUUGGAAAUCAAGAUUCUCAUAAGCAUGGGUAGUGAAAGUUUGUAUUAUGAGAAAGUUGGUUUAGCUUUCUACCUUUCCACCUGAUCCGGUUGUUUAUUGUACAUAGUCACACUUGCAUAAGUCGAAGUGGAUCAUCUGAAAGAUGUUUAAGAGAACCAAAAAACCAUCAUUCAAGUCAUCGAUAUGAUUCCAAUUGAACAUCUGGAUUUAUAGAAGACCAUCCGUGAUAGCAGGAAAAUAUGUUCAAAGCUCUUUCAGUCUAGUUAUAAUCUAACAAAUAUUAUGAUCUUUUAUUUAUUUUCAGUUUACCUCAUUGAUAGACUAACGUUUUGCAAGUCAUUACCGAUGAUUUACAUUUUCAGUCCGAUGAGGUUCUACAGGCUAAUUUUCAAAAAAAGCUUCUACAGGCUUCGGCUAACUUCUGUCUGACAUGCUUCAGUCUCGACCCUUCAGAGAUAAAAAAAAAUAUUUAUUAUCCUCUCUUUCAAGUACAGUUUCGAGAUUUAUCUUUGACUGACACCUUUCUAUAUAUUCUGAACAUAAUCAUUUUAUCCACCGACAAAUAAAGGCUAGAAAAAAGAUCUCUAAUAUCAUUUGAAUCUGUCAAACCUGUUCAAAAAGGUUGCCAGAAAGACCAGUAUUUUUUGAUAGACAACAUAUAAAGAAGAUGGAAAAAAGAUCUCUACUAUCAAAUAAAAUUAUAGUAUUGAUCUGGUGGAAAUGGGUGGUGUAGAUGGUAAUAUUUAUACCAAAAGAGCGUGUAGAUUAGCGUGGUGUCUCUAAAUUCGGAAUAUAUAAUCUUUUUGAAAUAAUUGGUAAGUCUUAAGCUUAACUAUUUAUCUUUAAUAUUUGUCUAUGAUAUUGUUAAUAUAGAAUCAAAUCUUUUUAAAAAUUUAUUUGUUUAGAUUGUAUGAACAGAACAGUAAGGAAAGAUUUUGGGUGAAACUAGUGUUGAUUUGGUAAUAUAUAUACUUUUAAGAUGUGAAAUAUUUUUUGUUAAAUAGUUCUAUAAAUAUGGGCGAGUUAAUUAAUUCAUAAUAUGACGGAAAAUAUUUUGUUACUCAGAUUUUAUUUGUAUAUGCUUAAUGAAGAAUUAUCAAAAAUGAAUAGAUUGAUUUGAGAUUAUUAUAUCUCGAACAAUUUUGAAAUCCAAACUCAUACCAAAAACCACAUAGCUGAACAGACUUUAGUAUUAUAUUGAAUGUGGAGGUAUAAUUAUGAUUAUAGAAAAGAUAAUUGUAUAACAAACGAUUAGACUUCUGAAUUAUUAUAUAUAGACGAAUGAAUUUUUUUCAUUUUUGGAUUAUUAAACUCUUUAUUAAAUAAUAGUGAUCACAUAGUUUUAUACCUAUGAAAAUAUGAAAGGAGUUAAAUGGCACACUCAUUAAAAUCAUUAGAGGUGACGUAUUAGUAAUGUAAGAUUUGAUAAAACAUUCCAAAAGGCAUGUUCCUUUGUUUUCAUCAAAGCAUUCCAUAAAACUAUAUAUUAAUUCAUAUAGCCACCGAUAGGAAUUUCAUAUACUAUAAUUACACAUGUUUAAUUAACUAAAUAAUUGACGAAAAAUACACGGAAUUAGUAAGUUCAAAAAAAAUACACGGAAUUAGGAGAUGGUUUGUUGCGAUUUCAAAACAAAAAAAUAAAAGAAUUUAAUUGAAAUUAUAGCUUAAAAAUAAUUCAGUGGCAUAGAAUAGUAAAUACUUCAAAACUUCCAAAGGCACCUCAAAAAAGACCCUCCAGUUUUAAUAGUAUUGAUGGGAUAUGAAUUUUGAACUGAAAGGGGAUUUCAAAAAUUCCAGACGCUAAAAUUACGCUUAACUUUCACUAAUUUAAGUACGAAGCAAUUUCCAGACGCAUAUCUCAGCUAACAGUAACCUUACAUAUACAAAUAUUCUAGAUAAAUUUAGUUUAAUUUUGAAAAAUAUCCUUACUUUUGGUAAAAAUUGAAUACUCAAAUGGCUCAAAUUAAAUACUAAAAAACACGAAAAUGUGACAAACACUAUACACUCACAAUGCCACGUUAUAACAUAGUAUCUUAACCAACCAAUAACAACGCAUCAUUAAAGAUAACACCUAUGUGAGUGUAUUCCUUUCUAUGGAGUUUGCUUUUAAAGCCAUUCAUUGCUCUAUCUCAUUCUCUAUCUCUCACCUGAUAAGAGCAUCAUUAAUUAAUGCAGUUUCUAAGAUGAGUUUUUAAACAAAAAAAGGCAUUUAAGUAAAUCAAAAAGAAAAGAAAUAAGGAUAACUGAUCUUUAAUUAAGCGUUUUUGGAACCGAUCGCAAAGGAGACUCUUAUUACACGUGUCGGCUUUUGUGAUUCUUUUUUUUUCCUUUCUUCCCCAAAUCGAUUUGCGAUGGCCGGCGAAGAUUUCCAGUCUCGCGUCGAGAGGAUCUUCGGAUCUCUCGCCUUCUCCCGCUACACGUCUUCUGCGCCGCCGCUGCGGCAAACGCAAUGGGGCUCGGUGUGGUCUCUCUCCGGCGCAGAAGUGGAGAAGCGGGAGUGGAAGCGAGAGCAGCUCGCUUCGUACGAUAGGGAAGAGAUGCCUUGUGCGUCAUCGUUCGACGAGAUUCUGAGGCAGCAGAGGAUCUCGAGCACUGAUCGGAAGGAGGGUGAGGAAGGUGGUGACGAGGAUUUUGGUGAUGAGGAUGAUGAUUGGAGCAUCAGAGCAUCCAUGGGCCUUGACCGUACUCUCGAUGAUGAGAAGAUGAGUAUGAUAAGGUCGCACUAGGGAAAGAGGAUGGUGGUAAAUGCGUGUCUAUGGAAGAUGCCAUUUCGAGACCUUGUGGUGUGCGGAUUCGGGACCCUCGUGCUAACCAUGCUGCUGCAAAAAUGAGGUUGAAGGAAGAUGAACUCGAGGCCAACAAGUAAGGUUUUCUUGUUUAUGUUUCUUCUUCUUGAGUAAGUGAUCUUCUUCAAUUCUUCUAAAAAUUUUAAUUUUUUUUUUUAAGAACUCUUAAUUAAAAAACUCCCUUUGGACCACUCAAAAUGAGAGUUUAUUAACUAGAGUUCUUAAAUCCAGUUAAAUACAUUUAUAUAAUUAAAUAAUCAUUAAGAAACCCAAGUUAGUUCAUGGGAUAAUCAUGCUCUAGAACUCACUAGUCCAACAUUCAACCAAGGGAUAAACCCACGAAAAAAAAAAAUCACUUUAGAUAAACCAUAUCUUCAUCAUGGCUUCAAUAACCUCAGCCACCGUCGCAAUCCCAUCUUUCACCGGUCUCAAAUCCACAUCCUCCAAACCCUCAGCCGUCGUCAGAAUCCCCACCGUGGCGUCAACAUCACCGAAGCUCACCGUGAAGUCAUCAUUAAAAAACUUCGGAGUCGCUGCCGUAGCGGCUGCAGCUUCCAUUGCUUUGGCUGGAAACGCCAUGGCAAUAGAUGUUCUCUUGGGAUCAGGAGAUGGGGCGUUAGCCUUUGUUCCCAACGAUUUCACUAUAGCGAAAGGUGAGAAGAUUGUGUUCAAGAACAAUGCUGGGUUCCCACACAACGUUGUGUUCGAUGAGGACGAGAUCCCAAGUGGUUUUGACGCCAGCAAGAUCUCGAUGGACGAGCAAGAUUUACUUAAUGGUCCGGGAGAGACGUACGAGGUUGCUUUGACUGAGCCUGGGACUUACAGCUUUUAUUGUGCGCCGCAUCAGGGUGCUGGUAUGGUUGGUAAAGUUACUGUUAACUAAUAAAAUGUGGCUGUGAUGUGACAGAGAAUCUCUGAGUCAGGUAGAGGGUUUUGUUUCAGUCUUACAUAAGGUGUUUUGAACCGAAUGGACCGUGAUAUGUUAUAUUGUGACUGGUUCUAUAAAUGGUAUUUCUUGGUAUAAAUUAUAUGUAGAUUUAUGUCUCGCAAGUCUAUACUCAAGAGUCAAGACCAAUGAGUAAUAUAUUUAAUCA